AUGGCCGACUGCAAGAGCCAGAGCCCUGACAGCGAGCCCACGACGCGCACGCUGCUACGGCGCGUGCUGGACUCAGCGGCCCCGCGCACCCCGCUGCGGCCACGGAGUGCACGGGCUGGGAGUCUGAGCAGCCAAAGAAAGGUGACUGCCAGGCGGCAUUCUCGUGGAGCCAGGGCUAUUGGCAGAUGGUCCCAUGUUCAAGCCAGUGGACACCUGGAGGAACAGACACCCCGGACCCUGCUGAAGAACAUCCUACUGACUGCCCCGGAAUCUUCCAUCGUGAUGCCAGAGUCAGUGGUGAUGCCAGUGGUCCAGCCCUCCAGGCGGUCUACAAGUGGUCCACAAGUGGUCCAGUCCUCCAGACGGGAAAGCAGUCAGGGCAGCCUGGAGCUGCAACUUCCUGAACUGGAGCCCCCCACAACCCUGGCUCCAGGUUUGCUGGCCCCUGGAAGGAGGAAGCAGAGGCUGAGACUCUCAGUGUUUCAGCAGGGAGUGGACCAAGGGUUGCCUCUCUCCCAAGAGCCUCAUGGGAAUGCGGAUGCCUCCACCCUCGCCAGCUCCCUCAACCUGACCUUUGCCACGCCUCUCCAGUCACAGUCCGUGGGGAGGCCAGGUUUGGCCCGUAGACCUCCCACUCACCGAGCUGUAGAUGUGGGUGCCUUCUUGCAGGAUCUGCAAGAUACUUCCAUGGCCUUGGUUUCUCAAGGCAAUAGCCGCAGAACCCCUGUUGCUACCCUGCCAAAGGAUGCUGUGUUGGAAGACACCCAGCCCUUCUCCCCACCCUUGGUUGGCUGCUCCCCCAGUACUCGCUGCUCCCUGCCCUGUCCCUCUCACACUGGGGCUGCGGAUGCUGAGAGGGCUGUCGGUCGCAGGACACAGAGUGGGCCUGGGCUACAGAACAACAGUCCUGGGAAACCAACCCAGCUUCUAGCAGGAAGGGCAGUGGAGGUCAACACCCUUGCUGUGGGCUUCCCAAACACCAACAGUGGUAUCUCUGGAGAAGAUGGAGUAGAGCCCUUAGGGGAUGCAGCUGAUGAGCAAGCAGAGGAAAGGAUGGAAGAAGGAGGUAUGAGUGUGAGUGAAGCAGAGGAGGCAAGAGGAGCACAAGGAUCUGCUGAGGUGGAAGAGUCUGAGGGGCACACAGAGGUGACAGAAGCAAAUGGAUCUGCUGGGGCUGUUGAGGCUGAGGAACCAGAAGGAUCUUCAGGGGAUGAGGAUACUUCUGACAGGACAGCAAGUCCACAGUUGGCCUCCAGUGCCCCCGAGUCUCUCCAAACCAGGCGACUUCAUCAGUUUCUUGAGCCAGUUCCACCACGCAGCACUGCAGACUUGUGUACAGAGCCUCUGCAGCCUCUGUUGGCCAGGCUUCCCCCCAGGCCCCGAACUGCUGGCCCCAGGCCCUGUCAAGAUCCCCAUAAGGCUGGACUGAACCACUAUGCGAAACUCUUUAGCUUCUAUGCUAAAAUGCCCAUGGAGAAGGCGGCUCUUGAGAUGGUGGAGAAGUGCCUGGACAAGUAUUUCCAGCAUCUCUGCAAUGAUCUGGAGGUAUUUGCUGCUCAUGCAGGCCGCAAGACUGUGAAGCCAGAAGACCUGGAGCUGCUGAUGCGGCGGCAGGGCCUGGUCACUGACGAAGUCUCACUGCACGUGCUUGUGGAGCGGUACCUGCCCCUGGAGUACCGGCAGCUCCUCAUCCCCUGUGCAUUCAGUGGCAACUCUGUGUUCCCUGCUCAGUAG